AUGGCAGAGAGAGGGAGAAACAACUCCCAGACGUGGUCCUACUACGACAUCAUGGUGGUGGGGAAGACGGGCGUGGGGAAGAGCACCACCGCCAACAAAUUGCUCGGCGUGGAAGCCUGCGGCAGGCCGACUGUGAGCAUCAACGGCGUCGGCGCCGCAGCGGCACAGCAGCAGCGAGGUGGGAGUCGUAACAACGUCAUCGCUCAGUGGACGAAUCGUUACUCGCAGCAGCAAAACCAUCUGCUGCAGGCGGACGACAGAAGGCUCAAGUCGGCCGUCGGGGGAUCGUAUUUCGCGACGGGAGAGAGCGCCACUGACUCCGUGACGAAGCAGUGUCAGCUACUUUCCAACGAGGGGACCAAGUUUCGCGUGUUGGACGUCCCGGGGUUCGCCGACAGCGAUACGACGAAGGAGGUGGGCGUCAUGAAGGGGAACCUGCAGGUGUUUCGCUGGAUAGUCCGCACGCAGCAGGAGCACAACUUGUACUUUCGCCGCGUCCUCUACUUCCUGCCGGUGCGCGGCUGCCUGGAACGCGCCGACGGCGUCCUCCAGGAGGAGAUCAACGUCAUGUACCGAUACUUCGGCAACGCCAUCUUCGACAUAAUGGUCAUCGCAGCUACGAACCACAGGCGGAAGCAGCACCACGGCUUUACGGACGAGGACCUCGCCGACACGCGGCGAACGUUCCAACGCGCGCUUCAGCUGGCGAUCCGGGGGAACCGCAUCCCACCGUGUCCGCCGAUCGUCUACAUCUCGCUAGACGAGGGCGACGUCGCCGGGAAAAUAAUCGCCGCGCCUGUUCUGCAGGACGCCUCGCUGGGCGGCGCUGCAGCCAGGUUCGUGGAAGAAGCCGACGACCAGUUCGUGCUGAGCAUAGUUGCGCAGGAAAUCAAGGAGACGCCGGGGACGCGCUUCCAAUUUCAGGACGUAUGCGUAAAGUGUGCGCUGGAGCUCCACUUCGGUAUGAACGAUGAUGAUGACGAAGUGGGAGGUGGAGGAGGAGGCGGGGAGCGCGCCGUCAAGGUGGUGACAGAAAAUGGGGAAUCGAUCGCCUACGAACAGUCGCGAUGCCACCCGCUCUUCUUUCCCAAGUACAGCAGAGUCCAGAAGAUCGCGGGAGGCUGCGCGCACAUCGCCACGGCUGGCAUCCCCUACCUGGUCGCUAGAGUCCGCGGACGCAAGUCCUGGCCCGGUUUCACCAACUCGGACGAGCUGUGUCCCGUGUGCGGGCUCGGGCCGGGCUCCGACGGGUGCUCACAGAUGGGCACCUACGUGGAGAUGAAGGCGGCGGACGGAACGCUUCAGAGCGUGAGCGUCGACCAUUCCAAGUAUAUGGAGAAGGUGGCGCUGCACAUAGACACUUGUGAAUAA